ACAAGAGAUAAGUAAAAGGCGUUCUCCAGUGCAAAGGAAGAGAGCAGACCAACAACAUCGAAAAGCGACUCCCUAUGCAUGCCACUAACUUUGGAAAGCAGCACAACUCGAGAGCUACACAGGGAACAGACCCUUACGCUUACAUUUCAGAAAAAACGACUUGGACACGCAAUUUCCUGAAACAACACUUUUACAACUGUUGUGUUUAUGACACACUUUAAAGCGGUAACAGACAAAUCGCUGUUUCAAGGGUUUCUGUUUUUUUAUAUUAUUAUUAUUAUUAUUAUUAUUAUUAUUAUUAUUAUUAACUAAAAGGAAGAGACCUGAUUUUUAAAGUGUUUGACAUUUUCCCUAAGGACUUUGCAAAUGACGGCAGAAGUUCAACAACCAUCUUCGCAGACCCCUGCCCAGAGCAGCCCUAUGUCUGCAGCUACAGAAAAGCCGAACGGACAGACCUCAGUGAUGGAAAGCGCCUCUUCUACCACCAAAACCAAGAAGACUAAUGCUGGAAUCAGACGGCCAGAGAAGCCUCCUUAUUCCUAUAUCGCUCUGAUAGUGAUGGCAAUACAGAGCUCUCCAUCUAAAAGGCUCACGCUGAGUGAGAUCUAUCAGUUUCUCCAAAGCCGCUUUCCUUUUUUCAGGGGUUCAUAUCAAGGAUGGAAGAAUUCAGUGCGUCACAAUUUGUCCCUUAACGAGUGCUUUAUUAAGCUGCCGAAGGGUCUUGGCAGACCGGGGAAGGGUCACUACUGGACCAUUGACCCCGCCAGCGAAUUCAUGUUUGAGGAAGGUUCAUUCCGAAGAAGGCCACGUGGCUUCAGGCGAAAAUGCCAAGCGCUCAAACCCAUGUACAGCAUGAUGAAUGGACUCGGGUUCAACCAUAUUCCAGAAUCCUACAACUUCCAGGGUACCGGGGGCUCACUCUCCUGCGCGCCAAACAGCCUGUCUUUGGAAAGUGGCAUUGGCAUGAUGAACGGGCAUUUAGCAGGAAACGUGGACGGGAUGGCUUUAGCAGGACAUUCUUUGUCACAUUUACCGUCCAACACUGGACAUGGCUACAUGGGAAGCUGUACAGGACCUUCGGGAGGAGAUUACUCCCACCACGACAACUCGAUGCCAGCCUCGCCUUUGCUCACCGGCGGGGGUGUGAUGGACCCUCACUCGGUGUACUCAAGCUCGGCCUCAGCUUGGGCACCCACAGCUUCAGCCUUGAAUAACGGGGCAUCCUACAUCAAACAGCAGUCCCUGUCACCUUGCAAUCCCGGGGCAAACCCUUUGCAACCCAGCCUGCCGACACACUCCCUGGACCAAUCUUAUCUUCAUCAAAACGGCCACAAUACCACAGACUUACAAGGCAUCCCGCGGUAUCAUUCCCAGUCACCCAGUAUGUGUGACAGGAAGGAGUUCGUCUUUUCUUUCAACGCUAUGACUUCAUCAGCAAUGCAUUCGGCUGGAAGUGGGUCAUACUACCACCAGCAGGUCGCUUACCAGGACAUCAAACCGUGCGUCAUGUGAUGGCGCGUUGGAUGGCACAAUAACACAAACACAUUGUAACGUAGAGGAAGCCUUUAAAACUAUCCUAUAAAGGUGACAAACAAAAGGACGCAUGGGCUCCCGAGAACUGCUUAAUAAAAACACCCCCUGUCCAAGACAAAACAAAAAUAAUCCAGUUAAACAACGGGAAACCAGUUCAAAAUCUAAGGAAGGUGAGAGAACCCUGUGCAGUACAUUUGUACGAAAUACUAACGUUUUCUCUCAUGCAUGUAAAAAAUAAAAAAUAAAAAAUAAAAAAAGCAUGCGUGUUUCUAAAUGGUAUUUUUCAUUCCAAAAUAAGCCGUUACAGACUAUUAGACAUGGACACGCUCCAAAAAAACAACAUCAUGAAGACUGAAAAUCUUAGGCAUCAAAAUACCAUGUAAUCUUAGAUGCUGCUGCGUGCUAUCAAGUUUACCAAGAAGACUGGUAAGAGUGUAUAUUGCAAUGCACCACUUACUGCGACCAGGUUUUGAUGCUACUCAACUCUGCUGGCGGAUAACUACCACGGUUGUACCUGUAUUGUGCUACAUGACCCGGUUUAAUGGAGACACCUUUAACCCUUUUACCAGUGUAACUGUUCGAGUUUACAGAGACUCGGCGCAGAAGCUAUUUCAAAGCUUAC